AUGAUCGCAGAUGGCGGAGCGUGAGUUCUCUGACAGCAGCAGCAGCAGCGGCAGCGGACACACGAUGGAUAAAAGCAUCACUCUUCCUCCUGACGAGAUAUUCCGCAACCUGGAGAACGCCAAACGCUUCGCCAUAGACAUAGGUGGAUCCCUCACGAAGCUAGCCUACUACUCUAAUGUGCAACACAAAGUGGCCAAAGUGCGAUCCUUCGAGCACGGUGCAGAGGCUUCCAGUGACAAGCUGUAUGAGAUAUCGGUGCAGGAGGAGGUCACUCCUCGACUGCACUUCAUCAAGUUUGAGAAUGCGUACAUCGAAACGUGCCUGGACUUCAUCAGAGACCAUCUGGUCAACACGGGAACCAAAGUUAUCAAAGCCACUGGCGGAGGGGCGCACAAGUUCAAGGAGCUCAUUGAGAGGAAACUUGGACUCAGAGUGGACAAGGAGGAUGAGAUGACCUGCCUCAUCAGGGGUUGUAACUUUGUGCUGAGGAACAUCCCCCAUGAGGCUUUUGUGUACGCCAAGCACGCCGACUCGGAGUUCCGCUUCCAGACGACUGAUCCAGACAUUUUCCCUUACCUGCUCGUAAACAUCGGCUCUGGUGUCUCCAUAGUCAAGGUGGAAUCCGAGGACAAAUUUGAGCGAAUAGGAGGAAGCUCGAUAGGUGGAGGCACGUUCUGGGGCCUGGGAGCCUUGCUCACCAAGACAAAGAGAUUUGACGAGCUGCUACAGUUGGCCUCCAAAGGGCAGCACGCCAGCGUUGAUAUGCUCGUCAAAGACAUCUAUGGAGGAUCGUACGGCUCCUUGGGGAUGACUGGGGAUCUCAUCGCGAGCAGCUUUGGGAAAUCUGCCACUGCCGACAAAGCAUUUUCUAAAGAAGACAUGGCCAAGAGUUUACUCCAUAUGAUCAGCAAUGACAUCGGGCAGCUGGCCUGUCUGUAUGCCAAGCUCCACAACCUGACCAGAGUUUACUUCGGAGGCUUCUUCAUCCGAGGACACCCGGUCACCAUGCACACAAUCACCUACAGCAUCAACUUCUUCACAAAGGGUGAAGUUCAGGCCUUGUUCCUGAGACAUGAAGGAUAUCUCGGAGCCAUUGGAGCUUUUCUUAAAGGAGCAGAGGAAGAUAAUCCAAACCAGUACAGCUGGGGUGAGAAUUAUGCUGGAAGCUCGGGCCUGAUGAGUGUGUCUCCAGAUAUGAAUCCGAUGCAGCGCGCUCGCAGUGGAACGUUCGACAUGCUGGAGAUGGACCGUCUGGAGAGGCAGCUGGUGAAUCUGCCUCUGCUGCAGGACCCGUCCUCUUACAUCCCCGACACCAUGGACCUCACGGAGGACGCCGUGGCUCGCGAGUACUGGCUCUCCUGCUUCGAGGAGGCUCUGGACGGGGUGGUCAAGCGAGCCGUAGCGAGUCAGCCCGACAUCCCGGAGGCGAUCGAGCGAGCAGAGAAGUUCCGACAAAAAUACCGACACAAGCUUCAGACCCUCCGCCACCAGCCAUUUGCUUAUGGAUCCCUCACUGUCAGAAGUCUUUUAGACACGAGGGAACACUGUUUAAACGAGUUCAACUUUCCUGAUCCCUACUCGAAGAUCAAACAGAGGGAGAACGACAUGGCGACCAAGUAUUACCAGAAGGCGGUGAGGUCUCUGGACCAGUUGAGCUGGGAGCAGAGACAGUUUGCCCUGGUGCGGGGCGUCCUGGCUGGGAAUGUCUUCGACUGGGGAGCCAAGGCCGUGUCAGAUGUCCUGGAAUCGGAUCCUGAGUUUGGGUUUGAGCAGGCAAAGCAACAGCUGGAAGAGCGGCCGUGGCUUAUUGAUUCCUAUGACCAGUGGCUGGAAAGACUGAAGGGUCCUCCUCACAAGUGUGCCUUGUUUUUCGUAGAUAAUAGUGGAGUAGACAUCAUUCUAGGGGUGAUACCCUUUGUUCGAGAGCUUCUCUCUCGGGGAACAGAGGUCGUGUUGGCCAGCAACUCUGGUCCGGCCUUGAACGAUGUGACGAACGGUGAACUGCAAAUUCUGACGGAGAGAAUCGCGGCCAUGGAUCCAGUGAUUCAAUCUGCUCUGACGGAGGACAGGUUGACGUUGGUCCAGAGUGGAUCCAGUUCUCCUUGUCUGGAUCUGAGCCGUCUGGACAAAGUGCUGGCACAGGUUGUGCGCGAGCGGAAGACCGACCUGGUGAUCAUCGAGGGAAUGGGCCGGGCCAUUCACACCAACUACUACGCCCGGCUCAGCUGCGAGAGCCUCAAGAUGGCCGUCAUCAAGAACUCGUGGCUCGCCGACCGCCUGGGGGGGAAGCUGUUCAGCGUGGUCUUCAAGUACGAGGUACCGGCCGGGAAAGCAACCAGCCCGGACUCUGCGCCUCUGUCGCCAUUGUGAGCGAGAGGGCGGUUCCCAAAGGACAGGGUGUGGAAGUGGAGCGGCCAGAGGCGAUUGGCCGGAGCUCUGAAUGUGAGGAUGUGGAUCACGUGCUGCCACCGGGUGAAUGAUUGUAAAGCUGAUUGCGACGUGUGGGCAGAUUUUUUUUUUUUUAACUGAUCAUUUACAAGGAGGUUUUACUUUUUUUUUUUAUUUUAAGACAUUAUUGAUUUUACUGCAGGUUUGAUUUUGGAGAAUUACUGUUGCUUCCACGCAGGCCUCUGUCCAUUACCCUGCACAUUACACUACAGCUGCUUUCAGACCGGAUAGUUCCCAACACGUGAUGUAACAAAGCAAACGUCCAAGCCACUUGCUUUGGACACUUUCUGGAGCUUUUUUCGAAAAAAAUGUCAAACUGAGCCCAGGGUGAGAAUACAGUCGAGAAAAUGUCCAGAUAAAUUAAGGGGGGGGGGCUUGUCGGUGAGGUCUCUGAUUCAAAACUGAGAACGACAGAAAGAAUACAAAUUUCUCUGGAGGUAAAAGAAGAGACCAGAUUCAAGAGCUUUUAGUGACGAGGGCCAGUGCUGGUGUGAAUGUGCUGUAAACAAAAUGUCAUGUCAUGUCCCGCUCCAGACAUUUUCCUGUUGUUGUGUCCAGACUUCCUGUUUGAAAUGGAAAAAACACAUUCAUCACCACCAAGGUCCAGUUAACAUGAACAAAUGAGAUCUGAAAAAUGAUUUAAGAAAGAAAACUUCUGCCAGCCCCUUUGGACGAUUUUGAUUCUUUGUGUGCGUUGUGUGUUAGAAAGAGAGAGCGAGUGAGAGAGAGACAGAGAACCGCUGGAGUAAUGGCAGCUUUUAGCAGAAUCCCAUUUUACAUAAAGUGUAAUUAACGUGCCUUGAGUUUGACGUGAUAAAAGCAUCCUUUACUCAGACUGCCUUGUAUCCCCGUCUGGCUGCACCCCCCCCCCCCCCCCCCACACACACACACACAUCUGCUUCCCAGCAUGUCUCAGUCUCACGACAUAGACGAGGAAGAAUCCACUAAUUCCCUGUUUUUAGUUUUUUUUCCCCAUGACUGCCAGUGAAUGAAUUGAGAUGAAGAAGUGAAUCAUUGUCGCUCGUCGCUGUAGAAGUGGCAUCAGGGAAAAUGAAUGCAUCAGUGGGAGAAGCUGCACUUUAUCACAUGCCCGAGACCUGUGUUCCUCCACAAGGUGGCAGUGUUCUACUGUGUUUGUAUUUUCAAAGAUUCCUCGAGUCUUUCACCAGGUGCUUGGUAUCAGUAUUAACCCUGCGUAUGUCAGGUGGAAUACUCAGACGGUCUCAGAUCAAAGCAUCUCGUGGAACUGGAAGUCACUGUAAUUAACAUGUACAACUACACACUGGUAUCCAUCCCUAGGUCAGAAUACACAUCUGUUUGAAGCCAAUAAUACUGCAGCACGGAGAAGUAACAGGCUUUAAACUCUGCGUGGCUGUGAAGUGGAGGAUUAUAUUAUUGACUUCAUCAUAAAUAUCUGGAAUCGAGGCAGGAACAUUUCACGAGCUGGUAUGAAAAUAUUCACCAAAGUCACAGUCGCCAGACGUUUGGAUUCACAUAUUGCAAUAUUGUAUGUUAUUUGUACAUAUAUGUGAUAUACAAGUGUGUGUGUAUACAUAUAUAUAUAUAUAUAUAUAUAUAGAAAUGUAUGUAUGUAUAUAUAACCUGUUUGCAUCACUUCACAUAAGCGCACCAUGCACAAUGUUGUGUAAUAUUCUCCUGACAAUCAGUUUUAAUUAAACGGUUAAAAAGUGA